AUGAUCAACCUAGACGUUGCGAACCUGAACGAUGUGAAUUUAAUUUUAGAAAGGCUUGAGGCACACGACAGAUUUAUCGAAGCCAAAAUAGAGUUGUUCGAAGAAAUAGACAAAACACCCCACAGUUACAGCGCCAGUGUAGGAGGUGCGGACCUCACAGGGGGGGACGGAAACAACGGCAAGGAGGUUACCCCCUCGAGUAUACAACCAGCCAACUCAGUUGGCACAUCAGCAGACACGACGAACACCACCGAUUGUAGCAGCAAACGUGGGACACAGAAAAAUUCAAUAAAAAAAAAAAAAGUACCAGAAGUCAUACACACCAAAGAAAAAAAAAACAUCCUCACAAAUGUCAUUAACAUUUUAAAUUAUGUAUUCCCAGAUUAUGAAUUUAAAUUUUUAAGUAAAUCCAAUUUGAAGCAAAUAAAAAAUAUGAACACAGUCAUAGAUAAUAUUAACUACAAUUUAUUUUACGUCAUUGAAAAUAUAUAUCGAGGUUUUAACAAAAGAAUUUGGAAAAUUUUAAAAGAGCUAAUCGAUUUUAAGCAUUGUGAUGUGUAUACUUAUUUGAACGAUACGGACAAUGAUCCCUAUGUGGAUAAAGAAAGCAUUUCAAGUUUUAAUUAUUUUUUUUUGCGAAAAAAAAUAAAAGAAUUUUAUUCAUUUCGU